CAGCGGGCCCAGCCAUGGACAAUCAGUGCACGGUGCAAGUGAAGCUGGAGCUGGGGCACCGAGCCCAACUCCGGAAAAAGCCCACCACCGAAGGGUUUACUCAUGACUGGAUGGUAUUUGUCCGAGGCCCAGAACAAUGCGACAUCCAGCACUUUGUGGAGAAGGUGGUCUUUCGGCUACAUGAGAGCUUCCCUAAACCCAAACGUGUGUGCAAGGAGCCUCCUUACAAAGUGGAGGAGUCCGGCUAUGCUGGUUUCAUUAUGCCCAUUGAAGUAUACUUCAAAAAUAAGGAGGAACCGAAGAAAGUUUGCUUCACAUAUGACCUUUUCCUGAAUCUGGAGGGAAACCCACCCGUGAACCAUCUUCGCUGCGAGAAACUGACAUUCAACAACCCCACCAAGGAAUUCAGACACAAACUUAUUAAGGCUGGAGGGGUGAUGGUAAUGCCAGAAGGAGCAGAAACGGUGUCCAGGCCAAGUCCUGACUACCCUAUGUUACCCACAAUACCGCUCUCUGCCUUCUCUGAUCCCAAGAAGACCAAACCAUCCCAUGGGUCAAAGGAUGCAAACAAGGACAGUAGUAAAGCAUCCAAACCACACAAAGUAACCAAGGAGCAUAGAGAGAGGCCAAGGAAAGACUCUGAGAGCAAAAACUCCUCCAAAGACCUCGAACGAGAACAAAGCAAGCCUUUGAAAGAUUCCUCCAGAAAACCAGCUGAGAACAAACUGCCUAAGGAUGAGAAAGCACCUCCUAAAGCUGCUUUCAAGGAACCAAAACUGGCCCUGAAGGAGACCAAACUGGAGAACACUUCUCCAAAAGGUGGACCACAGCUGGAGCCAAAAUCUUCUAGCAAGAGGCCCUCCAAUGUGGAGUCACCAAAGCCUAGCGCCAAAAAGCAAAAAAAGAGCAGCUCCAAAGGGGUGAAGAACAUCCCAGGAACUUCUCCCCGAACCGCGUCUUCCUCAUAUCCAGAGAAGAAACAAACCAAGGAGAAGAUGAAUGCCAAAGUGGAGAAAGUAAAAUCUGAAAGUGAAGCCAAGGAGAUCAAAAAACCCGUGGAGAUGGAGGAGUCAAAUUCAGAGGAUGAAACUUCUUUUAAAUCAGAGUCUGUCCACUCCAGUCCUUCCAACUCCAGUUCCAGCUCAGACUCCAGUUCUGACUCGGAUUUUGAACCAUCUCAGAAACACAGUCAAGGCCCACUGCGCUCCAUGGUAGAGGAUCUACAGUCGGAGGAAUCGGACGAUGAUGACACCUCUUCUGAGGAAGAGGCAGCAGUCAAAGCUAACCCAGUCAGCCGGGAUUCCAGAUUGAGUCUUAGCGACAGUGACAGUGACAACAGCGCGGACUCCUGCCUGCCAAGUCGAGAACCCCCUCCCAGUCAGAAACUACCCCCAACUAAUAAUAAGGCCUCUGGAAGAAAGAGUCCAGAAUCUUGCAACAAGCCAGAAAAGAUCCUGAAGAAGGGAACAUAUGACAAGGCCUACACGGAUGAAUUGGUGGAGCUUCACAGACGGCUAAUGGCGCUGCGGGAACGCAAUGUACUACAGCAGAUUGUCAAUCUCAUUGAGGAAACUGGGCAUUUUAACGUUACCAACACAACCUUUGACUUUGACCUUUUCUCCUUGGAUGAAACAACCGUCCGUAAGCUGCAGAGUUAUUUGGAAGCCGUGGCAACAUGA